UUGGGAGAAAAGCUCCGCUCGUCAAUGUCAGUUCUCACACGGCCGCCCAAUCACAGUGGAGCAGGGGCGGGACAUUACCACAGCAACCAACCGGCUCGCAGCUGAAGUAUCACAGCUACCAAAGUGCUCAGCUGAAGAAAGCUGGCACUCAGCUGAAAAACAGCUGGCAUUCGGCGUCCUCAAGGCGUUUUCAGCCGCGUUUAAAAGUUUUGGUGUACACAGCCCCUUACUGUGGAAAAAGCUUCUAUGAUCCAUCUAAUUUCAGCGCUCAUCAGAGAGUUCACACUGGAGAGAAGAAAUUUCAUCACUGUAAUGUUUGUGGGAAGAGUUUUAAUCGGCGUGAAGGUUUAGUGAUACACCAGAGAACCCAUACAGACGUGAAGAGUGAAUCAUGUUGUGAUGGAGAAAUAACGUCCUCAACAUCAGAAGAGCGACUGACAGCACAAACUCAAGAGAAGAAACUUCAUUCAGAAGAGCAAAGAGAGACGAAGAAGAAGCCAUUUAACUGUGAGCAAUGUGGGAAGGAUUUUGAUUUCUUAUUUCAGCUGAAAAGCCACAUGAAGGGACACAGUGGUGAAAAACCUUUCUACUGCAAUGAAUGUGGCAAAUACUACAGCAGCAAAAAAACUCUUGAUGUUCAUCAGAGACUUCACAAAGAAGAGAAACUGUACGAGUGUCCUCACUGUGAGAAGAGAUUCAACUACCAAUCCAAUCUGAAGAGACAUGUGUGUUCACACACCAAUGAGAGACCGUAUCAGUGCAGUCAAUGUGGAAAAACCUUCACACAGUCUUGCUCUUUAAAGUCACAUGAAAAAACACACUCUCAAGAGAAACUCUAUCCAUGUUCAUACUGUGAUAAACGUUUCAGUGAUAAAUCUAAUCUGAUAACCCAUGAGAGAGUUCACACGGGAGAGAAACCUUACGUCUGCAGUGUUUGUAAGAAGGGUUUCAAUCAGCGUCAAAGUUUAGUGAGACACCAGAGAACUCAUACAGGUGAAAAACCUUACAAAUGCUCUCAGUGUGACAAGACGUUUACUCAAUCAAACUACUUAAAAAUCCAUGAGAGACUUCAUUCUGGAGAGAAACCUUACGUCUGCUCUCAAUGUGGAAAAAGCUUCUCUGAUCCAUCUCGUUUUAGAGUUCAUCAGAGAGUUCACACAGGAGAGAAACCUUACGUCUGCUCUUACUGUGGUUAUAGGUUCUCUGAACUAUGUAAUUUGAGAGUUCAUCAGAGACUUCACACUGGAAAGAAGAAACUUCAUCACUGCAGUGUUUGUGGGAAGAGUUUUAAUCGGCGUGAAGAUUUAGUGACACACCAGAGAUCGCAUACAGGUGAAAAACCUUACAAAUGCUCUCAGUGUGAAAAGACAUUUUCUUCGUUGAAUUACUUAAAAGUACACGAGAGACUUCACACUGGAGUUAAACCUUAUGUCUGCUCUUACUGUGGAAAAAGCUUCUUUGAUCCAUCUAAUUUCAGAGUUCAUCAGAGAGUUCACACUGGAGCGAAGAAACCUCAUCACUGCAGUGUUUGUGGGAAGAGUUUUAAUCGGCGUCAAAGUUUAGUGAGACACCAGAGAACUCAUACAGGUGAAAAACCUUACAAAUGCUCUCAGUGUGAAAAGACAUUUACUUGGUUGAGUUCCUUAAAAAGCCAUGAGAGACUUCAUUCUUCAGCUUCUCUGUUCAAUCUCAUUUCAUAGUUUAUUAAAGAGUUCACACGAGAGAGAAACUUUACCUGUGCAGUGUUUGUGAGAAGAGUUUUAAAGGAGUCGAAUGACUCGAUUUCAGGUUUUCCUUUGUUUUCAGAAUGUUAAAAGAUUUCUGUGCAUAAAGAAGAUCUAUAAAGUUGCAAAGUUAAAGUUUUUAAACCCAAAAAGAUCUUUUUAAAAGUGAAGCUUCACCAACACAUUUAUAAACGGCUUAUUCAAACACACCCCUGCAGUUGGAUGCCAUACUGAGAUUUGCAUAACACCGCCCUAAUGUAUACGCAAAGAUAGAGGCUGUAAGCUUCAUUCGCACUAUAGUAUUGUUGUUAGGUCCGGUUCUAUAUAUUUGGAGGCCCCCACACCCCUCUAAUUUUCAGAAUAAUCUGAGAAGUGUUUUUGUACCCUGUAAGAAAUCAUUUAAGCACUACAGUGAUUAAACAUGUUUUCCCCAUUACUUUUCUGUUUUAUCAAGUUAACACAUGUAUGUAAAAAUUUGAUUAGAAAUUAUGCAUGACUACAUGUGUUAAACAUUUUAAGGCAGGUCAAAGUUGUUGUUGUUGAUCCAGUAUUUAUUUAAAACGCCACCUUUUUGGGAUAACACAGGAUAACAGUUUUGCUUUCUCCAAAGAGUAAGAUUAAAAAGACAACACUAAAAACCCUAACUGUAAAAAAAACUACAGAUGAACACCUAAACCUUAUUUUAUGCUAGCUGGGUUUGAAGAGGAAGUUUUAUGAGACCAAUGGUUUGAUCUUAUUUUUGACCAUCAAACACAGAUGCAUAAGAGGCAAUCCUUAGCAGGGAUGUAGCCCAGAUCAUUGGUC